AUGAAACUGACUGUAACGCCAAUUCUUCCGAUAACACGUCGCAAUUGUGGGAGCAGACAACCUGAGCCAUACGAAAUCAUUGAAGACCACCAAAAUCUCUUUGUGAAAGCCAUGACCCAAGUCCCGUCUCUCCAGAAUACCGUCAGACAUCUGGAAGGAGCCAAUACAAUUAUGGCGUUGGCCUUCACAAAACCUUGGGCGAGUGAAGUUUUGUACUGGGUACCAAGAGACAAAUAUUAUGUGAGAAUCACUGGAUCAAUUUCUGACCGUCCUUAUCUGGCUUACGGCAGACACACCAGACUCCAUAUGAACGACGGUGUCAAGAUAUAUUGUGAUUCUGUGCCAGAAGUUGUUCUGAACUACGCUCGGAAUGUUAUCGUUGACUCGCAUCGCUUCAAAAAUGUAAAAGACAAUUGUACAAGCUUCUAUUUACCGAACAUGGAACUCUUGGAGGAGGAACUGAGAAGAAUCAAACUUUGUGUGAAAGCAGAGAGCAUCCAAUUGCUAUCAGUUGCCAUUGAUCCAGUAUUGUGGGACGCCAUUCUUUCUGAAACAAAUUUCAAAGACUUGGCCGUGUUGAAAAUCGAAAAUGUUCAUGAACCAAUUCCAACUAAUAUUGGCGGAGAUCUCGAAGAACCAUUCAUACUUGACAACAUUAUAAAUCAAUACAUUGUUCCACCAGUUCUGCUGAAAACUUUGUUAAGCAACAACGCACAUUCAAUCGAGCUCGUUUCUUUACAUUUGACGGAAACUAAUAUACAAGAAAUGGAAACGGUGGUGGCCGAACAAACUUCAAAAAAUGUGUCGAAAUUGAAAAUGGAAGACUUGAUGCUGCCUCCAGGAUUGAAUCAAAGAAUGGACGAAGUUGUUUUCGGCAUGAUCGAAACUGGUGGGCAAAGUGACAUUUGUUUGUCCAUACAGCUUCGGACCUAUGGCCACAGUCUAUUGCGAAGAAUUCUGACAACACAAACUCGUUUCAAUCACAUUCAUCUUGAAAUCAACGUCCAACAAGCCAAUCUGAGUCUAUUCGAAGAAAUCACACAACUACACCCUCUAUGUAACAAAAUCAAAAUUACUUUUCACGGUCAUUUUGUGAGAUUGGGGAACCAGUACCAAUUCACGGAGGAAAUGACAAUCGAAAUGAGGAAAUGGGAGAAAGUAACCCAUGUUAUUUUGGGAAAAUCAGUUUAUCCCCAUUUCAACACGGAAGCACCGGAAAACACCUGGGCAUACGUAAACUUAAUUCGCUGCCUCAAUCAUCUUCCAAAUCUGCGAAGCUUUGGGAUGAAAGAUAUAGUAGAAGAAUCGUGUCUAUGGGCAGUUGGUCAAUUCAUUUCCAAUUCAAACUUUGAAGAAAUCAUAUUUGGUAUUACUUACAUCGGAGCAAAUGCCAUGAAUGUUCUCAACAAUCUACUUUCUUCCGUUCCAAUCACAAUAAGAUCCCUUUCUUUGCUCUAUUUCCCACUCAAUGAUCAAAGCCUGGAAAUCCUUGCGCCCCAUCACUUAACCCUUGUCGAAUUGCAAUACUUUUCACUACAAACAGAACAGAAAACAAGAAGAGAGAUAGAAGCAGUCCUCCCAAACACCGAGAUCGACACAACAAAGUGGUUGAGCACCUACAAUGGUCUUGUUCGCCAAAAGGUGGUGAGCGAGUACUUGGUCCGACUGAUCGCACCUCGUGAAAAUUUUUGGGAUUAA